CCCACUCCGCGCGCGCUCCUGCUGCAGCGACGACGCCACCGGAGCCUGUCCGCCAGGGCUCGGCCGCCGCCUCCAGGACCCCGGGACCGGAUCGGGCCCUCGCUCGCGCUCGCCGGCAGCCCCGCGACGGCGCCCGGCAUGGCAGUGCCGGGCAGCUGAGGGGCCCGACCCGCAGAUUGAGACGUUGGAACGAGCAAACCCAAAGGAUUGGCAAGUGAGAAGCAGGGAAUUCCUGGGGCGGUUCCUGUGUGGACCAAGCAGUCGACGAGAUGGAGAAGGAGGACGAAGGUCCCCGAGAGAUUUUGCUCCCUGACUGGCAAGGCAGCGGUUCUCACGGCAUCACGAUCGAUCAGACGGAUGAAGGCGUUUUUGUGAAGCGAGUCCAGGAGGACUCUCCGGCUGCCAAAGCAGGUGUCGUGAAGGAAGGGGAUCAGAUUGUGAGUGCCACCAUCUACUUCGACAACUUGCAGUCUGGGGAGGUGAAUGAACUUCUGAAGAAUGUCGGCCAUCACACCGUUGGCCUUCGGCUGCAGCGAAAGGGAGACCGGUCUCCGCUGCCAGGGCAGUCUUGGUCCCACGACGUCUUUGCCCCCAGCAGUCCAGAGGUGGUCCUGAGCGGCGAUGACGAAGAGUACAGACGGAUUUACACAACGAAAAUUAAGCCUCGCCUGAAAUCCGAAGAUGGCAUGGAAGUGGAGCACACGGGGACACAGAGCCGAACGAUCACCGUCACCAAGAGGGUCACCGCUUACACGGUCGACGUGACGGGUCAUGAAGGCACCAAAGAGAUCGACAUCACGAGCCCAGAGUUUAAAAUCAAGAUUCCCAAGCAUGAGCUCACUCGUAUUUCCAAAGCAGAAAUUGAAACGGAGCCUGGGAAAACAGUCAUUAAGAUCCCUCAUGCAGAUUUGUCCGGGAGGACCACUCAAGUAAGAGACUCGCCCACCGAGUUGAGAGGAAGGCCAGAAGUCACGUAUGCUGGACCAACUGCUGAAUCACCCUCCCGCAAGCUGGAGUUUGGCGUUCCUGAUGUCCGUGUGGGAAUGCCCAAGGUGGGGAAAACUGAUACCCGUAUCUCUGGCCCUGAUGUUUCUGGGGUAGGUUUGAAAGGCCAGACAGGCUUGGCUGCGGGAUUCCAUGUUGCAAGGCCUGAAAUAAAUGGGAAAACGGGAGAUGUUGCUGGCAUAGACUUGAAAACGGGGGUUGUGGGAAGCAAAGUACCACUGGUGGAAGGAGGUGUGGGAGGAGCACAAGCCGAUCUGUCCUUGCCACACCUCAGAGGUCCUUCCGUGGGCAUUUCAGGGCCACAAGUAAGUGGAGAGCUGAAGGGUCCGCAAGUGGAUUUUCCUGCGGGAAGGCUUGAAGGCAGCAUCAAAGCCCCCGAUAUGGACAUCGACAGCAAAGGGAAAAUAGCAUUUCCUGCCAUGAAAAUGCCCAAGUUUGGCAUAUCGACUCCAGUUGCUGAUGUUGAGGUUCCUCAGUUGGAUGCAGCUGCUCCAACAGUCCAAAUCAAAGGCCCGGAAUGUACAUUAGGAGAAGCUGGAAUUGCGCCACCACAAAUAGAUGUGGGUCUCAAAGGACCGGACUUGAAGGGUGGAGUGAAAGUUACUACACCAAGACUAGAAGGUGCCAAGGGGGAUUUCAAAGGCCCGAGAGUGGACAUAGCUACACCCAGUAUUGAUAUUAAAGGCCCUGGAGAACAUCUGAAAGUCAAGACCCCUCAAAUAUCCAUACCGGACAUUGACUUGAAAGGCCCCAAAAUCAAAGGAGACAGAAAAACACCACCACUCAGCUGGAAUAAGUCAGAAAAGAUGUUUUAA